GCGGCUCUGCCCUCUGAACGUCAUCAUAUAUCCUGCAAUUAAGCCCCCAGAAAUACCCUCUUGUUUGCCAUCUGCUAGUCGCUCGUUUCUUAAGCUAUCGGAAAAUGGUGCCAAUCUUUCUUCCUUCAUCUCCUCUAAUUACACAGUCUAACAGGAAAUAAUGAUAUGAUGGCCCUCCAGUCCCGCUACGAAAUCCUCUCACCAGAAGGCCUCCGUACCGAUGGCCGUCGCUGGAACGAAAUACGCCGCUUCUCAGCCAAAAUGGCCACCACCACAGCUGCCGACGGAAGCUCGUAUGUGGAGCACGGCAACACAAAGGUGAUUUGUUCCGUAAAUGGCCCAAUCGAGCCCCGCGCCGCCAACGCCCGCAGUUCUGAGCGCGCGACGAUCACAGUGGACGUCUGCUUCGCGGCGUUUAGCGGGACGGAUAGGAAAAAGAGAGGGAAAGGCGAUAAGUACUCUACCCGCCCCAUCAAAUCACCAAACUUACCUACCUACCAGGGAGGAGGGGGCGCUUUACUGAUGGGUCGAGCGCAAUCGAAAAGACGGGUCUUAGAAAUGCAAUCCGCCCUCUCCCGCACCUUCGCCUCCACCCUCUUGACCGCCCUGCACCCGCGCUCCGAAGUGCAUAUCAGUCUGCACAUACUCUCCCAGGAUGGCUCGAUCCUCGCUACUUGCGUCAACGCCGCCACGCUAGCGCUCGUUGACGCAGGCGUGCCCAUGACGGACUACGUGACCGCUUGCACCGUCGCGUCCUACACCAACCCGGAUGAGUCGGACGAGCCCUUGCUCGAUAUGAAUUCCGCCGAGGAGAUGGACUUGCCGGGAAUCACGCUCGCGACCGUUGGCAGGAGCGAUAGGAUUUCCUUGCUGCAGUUGGAAACUAAGGUGCGCUUGGAGAGGCUUGAGGGUAUGCUGGCUGUUGGCCUCGAUGGGUGCGGGAAGAUUAGGCAGUUGUUGGAUGAAGUUGUUCGUGAGCAUGGGAAUGAGAUGGCGAGGAUGGGAACGCUAUGACGGACUUUGGAGAGGUCUUUUUUUUUUUCUCUUUAUAGAUUUGGUUUAAAUUGAUCCGGAGUUUUUUUUUCUUUUUUUCAUACUUUGUCACGUACUAUCACUCGACUGUUCAGAUCCAGC